AUGAGUGAGAUAUCUGAAAAAAGUGCUGAGCCGUUCGCAACAGCAAGGCUUCCACUCUAUCACGGUCCCCUCGUCAAGGUUCGAAUCCAAGAUACUUGCGAAUAUGAAAUCUCCAAAGCACUCCUCUGCGCAGAGUCUCCGGUUUUCACCGCCAUGUUCGAAGGCUCUUUUCUAGAGGCCCAAGAGCAAGCCGUGGAUCUAGAGCUAAUGGAAGGCGUUAUCUCGAAGCGGAGCGUUGAGGCACUCUUUCAAUGGCUUUACCUUCGGGUUGUCAAGUUUGAUAUCGAGGACCCCAGAGAACACAUUUGGGCCGCCAUUGAGCUUGCAAGGCUUGCGGACAGAUACGGGAUUACCGGAAUAGAAUCCCAAACAGCCGAAUACAUCAAUGAAAUCAUUGUUGACAAUCCGGAUCCAGAUUACGAGCUGGAUCCAGGCGAGCUAGCCUACAACCAAAACUUCUUGCUACGAGAGGAACACAUUAUUUCGGGAAUUCUCUUACACUAUGGCCAUCCCGUGCGCCGUGCUUUGGCUAAUUCCUGUGUUGCUGACUUUCUUGAACACUGUCCACAUAAAUUUGCCGACACAGCUCGAGAGUAUCCCGAAUUUGCAGCCGACCUUCUCCACGAAGUGAGCCUAGCCCUGGACAUUCUGAGAUGGUAUCCCGGGAUUGAUUUGGGAAGUCUUCCUCCUCCUAUUACCCAUGGCAUAUGA